CGUCGCGUCAUAACGACGUGUUUAGUGAAAGUGGAGUCUAAACACCGCGGUUGUCGUUUCCUAACUCCUAACUCCUCACGAGCUCUCCUUCCCAUCGUUCCUUGACCGUUAGGACGCGAGGAGGUUCUUAUUUGACAACUGGACCGCAGCCCCGGUCUUAACCGGAACUCUUCGGACCCGGAUGUAGAGCGGGCCGUUUGAAAGCGGAGCAGCUCGUUCACAUAGAAACCAGGAUGUGGGACCGGUCCUCCAGCUCCUCGGACACCGGGGAGGUUUUGAUCCGGUCCACUCGGGUCCUUUCAGGACCCGGACCCGGACCCGGAUCUGUCCAGACAACCGGUCAGACACCGCGGGACGCUCCAGGCCAGGAGCCGGAUCAGGCUGCUCUUCAGCCCGUUCACGACCUGCUGACCUCCCGGUUUGACCCCGGGGGCCGAGGACUCGUCCUCGCCGCGCUGAGACAUAGGUUUCACAGUGUCCCCCACAGGAGGGAGGUUAAAGUGCAGCUGUUGGACCCCGGGCCACCCAGGACCAGCUCCCAGAAGACAACAGGGGUCCAGACGGAGGCGGGGCCUGCCUCUGGUUGCCUUGGAGACGUAGACGGCGCUCCUCUCAUCGAGAGCAAGCUGCUGGAGGCCCUCAGGAUGGUGACAGGCCACACCCCUGUAACCUCUGACCUCACAGCUUCAGCUGUCCCUCACCUGGACACUACAGCUGGCGUCCAUAGCAACCAGCAGCCAAGCAGAGCUGCCUCCAUCGCCAUGGAGACCGGCCCAGUUGCUAUGGCAACACCCCGUGACCGAUGGCCAGAGCAAACCAGUCAGGGAGCGGCGAGGAGAACCAAUGACAGUCUGGGAGCGGCGAGGAGAACCAAUGACAGUCUGGGAGCGGCGAGGAGAACCAAUGACAGUCUGGGAGCGGCGAGGAGAACCAAUGACAGUCUGGGAGCAGCGAGGAGAACCAAUGACAGUCAGGGAGCGGCGAGGAGAACCAAUGACAGUCUGGGAGCGGCGAGGAGAACCAAUGACAGUCAGGGAGCGGCGAGGAGAACCAAUGAGACUCUGAGGGAGAUGAAGCACCUGCUGACGCCAGAAGACUCUCUGAAGACCACCACAUUUGAACCAGACCACCACCAGUCCCAACAAUCCAAGUCCCAACAAUCAAAGUCCCAGACCCCUCAAUUCAAGUCCCAGUCCCAACAAUCCCAGUCCCAACAAUCCAGGUCCCAGUCCCAACGGACUGAUUCCCAACAAAGCCACUCCCAGUCCCAUCAAAGUCCUUUCCAAUCCAUCCGAUCCCAACCAUGUCAGACCCAGUUCCAGCUCUCGCAGCAGUCCCAGUCUGUACUGGUCCAGAGGAGGCCUGCGCUUUCGUCCACGUUGGAGGAGGCGGGUCUGGUUCUUCGUCAAGUUCGGAGACAGAAGAAGGUUUUGGAGGAGAACCUGGAGGCUCUGCUGAGAGCCAAAACCGGAGAGGUUCUGCACUGCCAGCUGGACGCACUGUCUGCCAACAGAGACUGGACGGAGGAGGUCCGGAUCAAGAAGACGGUGGAUGCCUGGAUCAACACUUUAACCAAAGACAUUCAGGCUGAGAUGUCCUCAGAGGAGGCUCCGAUGACAUCACAGCAGAGGGCUGUUGGGAGCUCCGCCCCUACAGGUCGGGGGAGGCCAGUGAGCAGGCUCAGAGGAACAGGAAGUGAGCCCGCGGUCGGGAGAGGAAGCAGAGGACCGCUGCAGGGGGCGGAGCCUGACUCUGCCUCAGAGUCGUACUUGGCUCGUCUGUACGGCAGAGCUCCGUACGAGGGUCUGAGACGGAAACUGAAGAAGAGUCCGUACCUGCGCUUUAGCUCACCUGCCGCCCCGCCCAGCAGGAAGCCCCGCCCCCGGCUGGUGGAGACCGUCACAGGUGUGAAGGUGGAGUCCCGUAAGACUCAGACGUCACCUGGACAACCUCAGCGUCAUGACAUCAUCAGCUUCUCCCACUUGACCUCCAGUGACCCCGCUGACCUUACGGUGACCCCUGGAGCCAGACGCUCGGUUGCUAUUGCGAUCCCGCUCGGUCGCCGCAGGGCGGACUCUUCUGCCAGGUUUCUCGUAGAGCAGCAACAGGAAGUGACAUCACCGCCCACAGCUCUUCCCACAUGUAGCGUGGUUGCGGUUGACAACGAAGCGCCGGAGCUACAGUCACAGAAGGUGGAGCAGCUGGAUGUCCCUCCUCCUCCUCCUCCUCCUCCUCCUCCUCCUCCUCCUCCUCCUCCUCCUCCUCCUCAACCUCUUCCUUACUCUGUUGACAUCAUUGAGAGAAAGAGUGAAGAAGAGGACGUCUUCCCUGGAACUGUAUUCCUAUCUGUCGCUGAUGUUGUUCAGCAGGAGGAGCUGAGCUUUGAGGGUGAGGAGGAGGUACAGCUGGAUGGAGGUCCGUCUCCUCCUCCGGUCCUGUAUCAGGGUCCAGUCUUUCCUCCACAGACCAGAUCCGCCCUCCCUACCCAGGAUCAGGCCUCCCUCCUGGACCUCAACCUGCAGAGAGAUGUCCUUGAGAACCGGGUGGUGGAAUGGGUGGAGCAGCAGCUGAUGUCCCGGAUGAUCUCAGAGAUGUAUCGACCCCCUCUCCCCGACCCCGCCCAGAAUGACUACACUGACCAAUCAAAGUCCGAGGAGCAGAGCGCCACCUCAGACAUCGUAAGAGGUGGAGGUCUGCAGCUCUUUGUGGACUGCAACAUGUCAGUGGACUCGGCUCUGAUCCUGGAGCUGGUUAGUGAGGUUCUGACGGAGCAAGUUGCCCUGCUGCUGAGACAGAGGGACUCACUGGAACCAGGACCAGAACCAGGACCGGAGCCAGCAGAACCAGGUCCAGGAUACCCUCAGGACAAACUGGUAUCACUGGUUCCUACACCGACGCUUCAACCCAGCCCCGCCGCACCCAACACAGAGACCCCGCCCCUGACCACGCCCCCUGCCUCUGAACCAACCAGCCUGCUGAACGACGAGUCUCUUCGGCCAAUCACAGAUCCAGAGCCUGUAGCCACGCCCACCUCAAGUCCAGAGCCCGCCCCCUUUGCAGGAAGUCCUCCUGCUGUCUGUCAAGCCCCUCCCCCUCUGACCUGGGGAGAUGUUGAACUGCCAUUGGAGGAGGAGAGACCAGAGGAACAGCUGGAUACACGCUCGAAGCUGCUCGUGAUGUCAGUGGCAGAGGAGGAGCCUCUUUUCUCCUCCCCUCUCCCUUCCCCCUCAACCCCCCCUGCUCCCUCCCCGUCUCCUCCUGCUCCUGGUCCUGCUCCUGGUCCUGAUCCUGGUCCUGCUCCUGGUCCUGCUCCUGGUCCUGCUCCUGGUCCUGCUCCUGGUCCUGCUCCUGACCCCAGAUCAGCGUCCCCCUCCAGCUCCUCAGAGGACUCGAGCAGCACCACAGUGACAGCAGGGACUGAAGCAGCUCUGAAGCACAUCUCAGAGGGAGAACUGCUGCUCAGCGUCCACCAGCUGGCUGCCAUGACAGAGGAGGGUGUCUUCAGUUUCUCCAGUUCUCUCCAGGAGCUCCAGGAAAUGGACUUUGACCCCCUCAGUGAAGGACAAGUCAAAGGUCACGACCUCCUCAGGGCCAACAAGGAGCACAGAGACACACUGCCAGAGGGCUCCUGGAGCAGGGAUCAGGAUCAGGAGGAGGGGGGGAGUGUGGGGGAGGAUCAGACCUCGUCACCUGGACAGACGAGUCAGGCUGCAGGCUCAGAAGUCAGUUUGGAAGGGACCGAUCAGAGCUCCGUUGCCGUGGGUUACCUGAUGGUGGAGCCAAUCGGUACUCUGACCUCUGACCUCCAGACCGACCUGGCUCCUCCUCCUCACAUGGAGGACCCUGCAGCACAGCUGAUCUGUGAUCUGUUUCUGCAGCCGAGCAGCAGGGAGGAGUCAUGAGGGGGGCGGAGCUCCACCUGCUCUUCAUCAGACGGAGGAGGAGGAGGAGGAGGAGUCAUGAGGGGGGCGGAGCUCCACCUGCUCUUCAUCAGACGGAGGAGGAGGAGGAGGAGUCAUGAGGGGGGCGGAGC